AGCGAGUUCAGUUCAGACGGCGCGAAAAGCUGAGUCGGAAAUGUCGAAAUCGUCCUCAGACCUCUACGAGCUUCUCCUUCAGUUAUCGGAGCCGAUCUCCGAAGCCCUGAGCAAAGCGCCGUCACAGAGCACCGCCGUCCCCGUUAAAUCGCUACUGGAGCCGCUCCUUCCUCGGAAACCUAACCCUAACUUUGACGGAGCUAACCUCCGCGCCUCAAUCCGAGACUUCACUCUCGCCUGUGCUUUACUCUCGGCCUCUCAAUCCUCAGCCCACGAGCUUCUCACGUGGAUCCCCAAGCACCUCGCGGCAGCAGCGGACUCGGCGUUUCUGGAAUUCUCGAGAGCCUAUUCCGAUUACGGCGGGAAAUCUGGUGAUGGUUUGGUGGCGGAGUUGAUGGCGGAGGUGAUGCCGGUGCUGAAGGAGAGGAUCAAGGAGAGCUCGAUUGAUAAGUCGGCGGACGGGGAUGAGGUCUCGGCAGCGUCGGCGAGGGUUCCGGUUGGGUUUGCCGUUGUGGCUGCUUAUCAGUUUAGGUGGUUUGUUACUCAGAUUGAUUAUUCGCAUUCGGCGAAGUUGUGUGCUUUGGCUGUCCCUUGCGGUUUGACGGCUCUGGAUCAUUGGUCGCCGGAGGUUAAAGGGCAAGGCAUGAUAAGCUUUAUACAUAUCGCGAAAAGUGUAGAUGCUGCUCAUCUAGCUUGGUGUCAAGAUGCAAUUCUUGAUGCAUGCCGCCAGAAUAUUGCUUCUAGUGACAAGAUAUGGCAUCUUGUGGUGGAGAUGUCAGUACUUGUGGUGACUCGUACGCAGCAGAGUGAUCCUCGUAGUGCAUGGUUUGAUAAAAUUCUAAAUGAGAUGUUAAGUCACCUGGAGCGCCAGCCUAGGAACAAGGAGCGCCGUGUUGCAUGGCUUCGCUAUGUAGAGCCACUUUUUAUUGGUGUGGGUUUGGUGUUACUAGCUCAUUUCAGGCGCAUUUUCCCUCUUUUCUUUAAGUGGAUACAUGCUGAUGAUGAUGAGACUGUUUUACUGGUUCUCAAACAGAUUGAGACAGUUAUAAAGCUAACAUGGAUUAGGAAUACACCAUAUGUGGAAAGGUUGGUAGAUGAACUUGCUACUUUGCACAAAGAAGCAGCACUGAAAAGGUCUCGUGAAGAAAUUAGAAAUCUUGUCAGUCGUAUACUGAUCCUGCUCCAUCAAUGCAAAGGUCUGCAAUUUGAAGAAGCCUGGGGCAAGCAUAGAAAUGAUCCGAACUUGGCAACAAUUGCUCCCUCUUUAAGUGAAAGAAGAUCAACAAUGGUUUUCCAGUGAUGACCGGUCUUUAGUCUUCUGUGCAGAACGAGAUGAUGUGCAGAUACGAAUAUGAUGGGCGUGCCAUGUUUGAAUGUUACCAAUGAUAGUUUGAUCAAAUUCAUUGAUUAUGAGAAUACACGUUUGGCUUAGUUUAGAUAUGGUUAGGAUCGUUACUACCUUGAGAGCGGAUGCACCUUGUUCCUCUCUCCCUUAAUGUGGAUAUACUGGAGAAUGGAUAGAACUCUCAAGUCUCUGCCGUAUUUCUAAUUUUUCUUCUUUUUUAAAUCCU